GUAGGUGGCAGUGGGGGAGGAUUUUGUUGUUUGGUGCUGGACCUACAGCUUAAGUGUGGUGUUUUCAAUUUGUCAGUAGUAUUUCAUUAGACCGUUUGUUACUGCCUCACUUGGACUUGUUCUUUUUGGCACUGGCUGUCUUGGCUUUGUUCUUUUUGGCUCUCACCUCUAGUUUCUGACACACCUACAGCAAGUAUGAGAGCUCAUCGCCGUACCCUGCAUAAUGCUGCCAUUCAGAGCCUAAGAGUCCUUUUUCUGCUGCUGCCUUUUUUCCCUUUCGCUCCCUGUGCUCAGGGGCAUGUGUCACAGGGCAAACUGAGUUUCAUUAGGCUCCUAAUGUGGGUACUGGAAACCCCACCUACCAGCCAAGUCCUUUUGGUUGUCAGCAAAGUAGAGGCUUGGUACUUGUCAUUCCUUUGCAGCGGCUGAGCUGAAAGAAUGCUGCAUGGCUUGUUGGAAGUUGCUUAGUGACUUCAAGUGGGGAGGGUCUUGUAGUCUGUGUGGGAAGCCUGGAUUCCUUUCUGGUGCCAUGUUAAUCACCAGGCAGUAUUUACUGAGGGCCUCCUGUAUGACUGGCACUGUGAUAGGAGCUUUUGGAAUAGUGUGAUAUAAUACAUAGGUAAGUUACACUAUAGUCGAACAACUCUAGCUAUCCCACUUACCAGCUCUCAACUGGGCAAGUUAACGUCUUUAAGCCUCCCUUUUCUAUAAAAUGGGGCUAAUAGUACCUAUCCGAUAGGGCUGUUAUGAAGAUUAAAUAAAGAAUGUUAGUGUUUAGCACAAACCUGACACUAGUGUUUCAUUUCAAAUAGUCAUAUUUGGGAUAUAUGACUGACACCAUAUAAAACAAAUGGACAGUAAUAAAAACAAAGAGGUAAUGAUAUGACAGUGCAGUAUAUAAUCAUACUUGAAUCGUGACAUGCAGAUUAUAAAUAGUCUGGAAAUUUAGAGAAGGGAAAGAACAGUCUUGUGCAACCAUUUAGUAUUCCUGUGCCUCAAAUUUUCCACUGGACACACUGGAGAUAAUGCUAGGUUAUCUCCCAGAGAAUAAUUAAGAUGUUAGAGUAUUUUUGUUUUUUCAGGUAGUACGUAGUACGGGGGAUAGAAAGGGAGAAACUUGGGGAACUAUUAGAAACCAGUUUUAACAUUUGCAUUCUGAAUUUGUUUCUUAGGUGGACUUGCCGCUUUAUAGGAAAACUUAAAAUUGGAGAUUAGAAACAUUUCCUUCCAGGGAAGGUGCUUGCUUUGGUAUUACUUCCUGUUGCUUCUCUGGCAUUUUAAUUAAUUGAAAACUAAAGUAGGUUAGUGGUUGGCCUUUGACUGUGAACCCCUCUAAUAUAAUCUGAGGAGUAAGUAAUUUGUAACUCAAAUUAUUUCAUUCGUCCUCUGGCAAAAAAAGAAACAGGCAAACAGAGCAGGCAAAGAUUCAGUUCUCUGGGUCUGGAUGUAAAGGACAGGUGGUUUACUCACCGUGAGUGUUUCUCUGGCAUGAGACAUCUUUACUCAGAACAGCCUCCAGACUGAUAACUCGGCCCUCCCACCUUUAAACAGGCUUUUGUAACCAUACACUUUAAAAAGUUUUUUACUCACAAUAUCCAAAAGAAAUUGUUUCAAUUCCUGGUUUGGUGUGUGCUUCCUUGGUGAUUUUUUUGUUAGCCUGAUUCUCUAAAAUUUAUGUUGGUUUUUAUUUCCUUCAAGAAAAUUUCAGAGUGGUUUCCCAUGAAAGUGUAGUGUUUUUUGGACUUUUUUUGCCUCCUUGGUUUGAGUGUUUCUCUUUUUUGUUGUUGUUAGCUUUUUUUUUUUUUGGUAUUGUUUGCCAAGGUUUCAAGUUUAUAGUGAGAGGUGAGGCAACGUUGAUCUUGGCAGAACAGCACAAAGCCAGUAGAGUCGUUAAGUGACGCAAGCUUUUGAUUUUUUUUUUUUCCUUUCUGGUAAAGCUCUCUGGCACAGCUGGCUAUUCUAGUUGCAGAAGAAAGGAGGAAAAGAGAGUUUCUGAAGAUCUGGAUGGGAUGGUAGAAGUUUUGGGCACGUUAAAAUAUAGCAGCAACAGCAUCAACAAAAACCCCAUGUAAUUCAAACAAGCUUCCUGGCCUUGUGGAAUCUUUUGUCAGUUGCUCAGAACUUGAGUUACCCUUUUUACUUGAGAGGAUGAUGGGACAAGGCAAUAGAGGGCGAGGAGGGUUACGUUGGAUUCCUGCUUAUCUGUCUACCUCUCCUUCUAGUUGGAAAAAUCUUCAGUCCACAAGAAGCAUUAAAAAAAAGCCUAAAGAACACAUCUUGCCCUGAUCUGGAUGCUGUUGGAGUUGAGGAGUCCAGCCACUUCACCAGGACUUUAUGGAGGUAGUUCAAGAACAAGAGAAGGAGGCAACACUGCAGGACCUCUCUGUCUACGUCAGUCCUGUGCCAUGGUGUGUUUUGGGCAUCGUUUGGAGUAAAUGAAACGCUGUCAUCUGGAUCUAAGAGAAUACCUGGGUCUCUUGAGCUAUGUAUGUGAUGUUUGGAAGGUUGUAAACUCAAAAUCUUUCAACAUAAAUUCAUUAAAUUCUGGAUUCUCUUUCUACCGAGGACUUCAGCAGAAUAAAACUUCUGACAAAACGACACAAACUCCCUCUGUGUUUCAGGCUAAAUGUGAGCAAUAAUGUCUUGGAAGAAAAAUUACUUUUCAGGGGGUCGUGGUAGUGUCCAAGGGAUGUUUACGCCUCGAAGUUCAACUUCCAUAGCCCCCAGCAAAGGCCUCAGCAAUGAGCCAGGACAAAAUAGCUGCUUCCUCAAUAGUGCCCUGCAGGUUUUGUGGCACCUGGACAUCUUCCGACGUAGCUUCAGGCAGCUCACAACUCACAAGUGUAUGGGAGAUUCCUGCAUCUUUUGUGCUCUCAAGGGAAUCUUUAACCAGUUUCAGUGUAGUAGUGAAAAAGUGCUUCCAUCUGACACCCUCCGCAGUGCUCUGGCAAAGACCUUCCAAGAUGAACAGCGUUUCCAGCUGGGAAUUAUGGAUGACGCUGCGGAGUGCUUUGAAAAUCUCCUGAUGAGAAUUCACUUCCACAUUGCUGAUGAAACCAAAGAGGAUAUAUGUACUGCUCCACAUUGCAUCUCUCACCAGAAAUUUGCGAUGACAUUAUUUGAGCAGUGUGUUUGUACCAGCUGUGGCGCCACUUCUGAUCCGCUGCCUUUCAUCCAGAUGGUACAUUACAUCUCCACAACUUCCCUUUGCAAUCAGGCUAUUUGUAUGUUGGAAAGACGAGAAAAACCUUCACCCAGUAUGUUUGGUGAGCUGCUGCAGAAUGCCAGUACCAUGGGGGAUCUGCGGAACUGUCCUAGCAACUGUGGAGAGAGGAUCCGGAUUCGCCGUGUGUUGAUGAACGCUCCACAGAUUAUCACAAUUGGGCUGGUAUGGGACUCUGACCACUCAGACUUGGCAGAGGAUGUCAUCCACAGCCUGGGCACCUGCCUUAAGCUGGGUGAUCUGUUUUUCAGAGUGACAGAUGAUCGGGCCAAGCAGUCUGAACUGUACUUAGUAGGAAUGAUCUGUUACUAUGGCAAACAUUAUUCCACAUUCUUUUUCCAAACAAAAAUCCGCAAAUGGAUGUAUUUUGAUGAUGCUCACGUCAAGGAGAUUGGACCCAAAUGGAAGGAUGUGGUGACCAAAUGCAUCAAGGGGCAUUAUCAACCCUUGCUGUUGCUUUAUGCAGACCCCCAGGGCACCCCAGUGUCCACCCAGGACCUGCCUCCCCAACUUGAGUUCCAGUCAUACAGCAGAACAUGCUACGACAGUGAAGAUUCAGGGAGGGAGCCCUCCAUCUCAAGUGACACUCGAACAGAUUCCUCAACGGAGAGCUAUCCCUACAAACACUCCCAUCACGAGUCUGUGGUCAGUCACUUCUCUUCUGAUUCUCAGGGGACAGUCAUCUAUAAUGUGGAGAGUGAUUCCAUGUCUCAGAGCAGUCGGGACACAGGACACCUGACUGACAGUGAAUGUAAUCAGAAACACAUAUCCAAGAAAGGGUCACUGAUAGAGCGCAAGAGGAGCUCUGGCCGGGUUAGGAGGAAAGGCGACGAGCCGCAGGCCUCAGGGUACCACAGCGAAGGAGAAACACUGAAAGAGAAGCAGGCUCCGAGGAAUGCCUCCAAAACGUCCACCAGCACCAACAGGCUGAGGGGCUUUAAGGAGACAGUCAGUAACAUGAUCCACAGCAGGCCAUCUGUGGCUUCUCAGACCAACCUGGGAUCUCCCUGUGGCAGCAGGGGAGGAGACCAGCCUGAAAAAAAACCUCCUAGGAACCUGCCCUUGCAUUCUCCUAACUGGGAAGUAGAGAGUACCAGCAGUGAGUCCAAAUCCAGUUCUUCCAGCAAGUAUCGUCCAACAUGGAGACCGAAACGGGAGUCUCUGAAUAUUGACAGUAUCUUUAGUAAGGACAAAAGGAAGCACUGUGGCUAUACACAGCUUAGCCCCUUUUCUGAGGAUGCAGCUAAAGAAUUUACACCAGAUGAAGCAAGCAAGCCACGUGCUGUUGACAAUAAAGCUAGUAGACCAAGCCCCCGAUAUAAGCCCUGGGGCCCUGCACGGCCAGGCUCGCACCUUUUGGAGCAGCACCCCCGCCUGAUCCAGCGAAUGGAAUCUGGCUAUGAGAGCAGUGAGAGGAACAGCAGCAGCCCUGUCAGCCUGGAUACAGCCUUGCCUGAAAACUUGAAUGUCUGCAGGGAUCCGAGUGCUAAGAGAUCAGCUGGAUUUGUCCCUGCCUGGCAUCAUAUCCCGAAGUCCCACAGCAGUAGCCUCCUGGAGGUGGACUCCGCAGCAUCUGCGAGUGGCUGGACAGAGAACCGGCCUGUCUCAGGUGGAGAGAUAUCUUCCAAAAGUGAACUGGAUGAAUUACAAGAAGAAGUGGCCAGGAGGGCCCAGGAACAGGAACUUCGAAGGAAGCGGGAGAAGGAAUUAGAGGCAGCUAAAGGCUUUAACCCUCUCCCCAGCCGGUUUAUGGACUUGGAUGCAUUGCAGAAUCAGGGGAGGAGUGACGGCUUUGAGAGGUCCCUGCAAGAGGCAGAUUCAGUGUUUGAGGAGUCGCUGCACCUGGAACAGAAGGGAGACUGUGCUGCAGCUUUGGCUCUCUGUAACGAAGCUAUCUCUAAACUAAGACUUGCCCUGCAUGGUGCCAGCUCUAGCACGCACAGCAGAGCCCUAGUCGAUAAGAAGUUGCAAAUCAGUAUUCGAAAAGCACGGAGCCUGCAGGAUCGCACACAGCAGCAGCAGCGAUCACCACAGCAGCCGUCGCAGCCCUCAGCCUGCCUCCCUUCACAAGGGGGGGCCCUUCCUCAGCCAACAAGUGAACAACCUAUCCCGCUCCAAGUAUUAUUGAGCCGGGAGGCCCAGCAGGAACCCUGCACAGACACAGAGUUUGGGGCCAGUUCUUUCGUCCACUCACCUGCUUCCUGCUAUGAGUCACACUCAUUGCUAUUUCCAGAGUCACCUGCCCCAUCUGCCCCACAGCACAGCUCCUCCAGUAGGUCUGCUUCGAACCUUCGGACUUCAGUUGAGGUGGACCACAUUGAUCCCUCUGCAUUCCUUAGGCAGGGCGUACCUAAAACACCAGGGAGGACUGAGAAGAAUUGUCAUCAUGGUUGGAAGCCAUUGGACACCCCAGAAUGUAAGCUGCAAGGCUACAGGGGUGACAACAGCAGCUGCAGCAGGUUUCCCCCACAAGAAGGAAGAGGCACUGCUCAAGAACAACUGUUCCAAGAAAAGAGGGAUCCUACUGGCCCAUCCCUGGUGCUACCUUGGUCACACCCAGCUGGAACAGCCACCUCUGAGAGAGGAGGGGCACAUAGCCCUGGUUGUAGUUCUUCAAGUUCGUCAGCUCAGCCAAGUCUUCCCCCAUACAGGCACUGCCACCCCAUAAUGCCUGCUGCUUCCUCAUCUAUGCUUCACUCUCCUGAUCCUGUGCAGAAAACUAACCAAUGCCUCCAAGCCAAAAGCCCCAAAACUUCAUUGACGUCAGAAGUGGAUAGAGGCAGUGAGGAGUCCUAUAGGUCAGAAUUUCCCAGCACAAAGGGGCUUGUCCGCUCUCUGGCGGAGCAGUUCCAGAGGAUGCAAGGUACCUCCACAAAGGAUGGUACAAGUUUCCAGGAUAGAAGUUUGCCAAAUAGUCUAAGGAAGAACUCUUCCCUUUCUGAAUCUAAACCUCCUUUCCCACAGGAUCAAAGAAAAGGCCACUGGCCUUGGGCAAAACUGCCACCCCCUCUGGAUGGUAGAGAUAGACUAUCUUCCUGGGAAGAACCUACUGACCAUCAGCCUCUUACUAUCAACUCUGGGUUACUUAAUGGUGAAACUUCUAGGGGAGGACAGUCCAGGUUGGUGGAGCCAGGUACAUGUGAGGGGAAGUCAUCCCAAGUGAGAGAUGCUAGGCCUAAGGAGCUGGGCAGCAGUGUUGACUGGGGGACUUCCUUGCCUUUGGAUUCCUGGGUGAAUGUCACAAGGCUCUAUGAUUCUCAGCUUAAAUAUGGGGUCCCUGGGCCAGAAGUGAAGUCGUCCCCCUACGACUCCCAUACCUGCGUAGUCUAUCCAGAGAGAAACCACAUUCUUUUGCAUCCACAUUGGAACCAAGACACAGAGCAGGAGACCUCAGAACUGGAGUCUCUCUACCAGGCCAGUCUCCAGGCUUCCCAAGAUGGCUGUUCUAAAUGGGGGCAGGAGGAUGUGCCCUGGCACCCACUUAGCCAAACAGGCUCUGCAGAUGGCAUGGGAAGGAGGCUGCACUCGGCUCCUGGCCUUGGUCUCUCAAAGACCCCAACAGCAGAAAUGGAGCACAGUCGCUGUGAAGCCAGCACGGUGCCUGAAUCUCAGGUAGCAGCCUCACGUGCUAAGGAGUCAUCAGCCGUGAUGAAAAAGCCAUUGGAAACCGGGCACCGUUGUUCCAGCUCCUCUUCCCUCUCUGUCAUCCAUGACCCUCCUGUGUUUCUCCUUGGUCCCCAACUCUACCCUCCCCAACCACAGUUCCUGUCCCCAGAAGUCCUGAUGCCCAGCAUGGCAGGGGAGCCCCAUAAACCCCCAGGAACUUCGAGGAAUGGCCAGCAGUUUCUGGCUGUGUGUGACAGGGGUGAAACUUCCCAAGGGAUCAAAUACACAGGAAGGACUUUGAACUACCGGAGUCUCCCACAUCGUUCCAAGACAGAUGCCUCCUGGGGACCCUGGUCAGAGAGUAACCAGCAUAUUGGGGCCAGAUUUCUGACCACUCCAGGGUGCCAGCCUCCACUAAAUCAUACUGCCACACUACCAGAAAGAUGCCAGGGACUUCAGGUUCCUCAUGCUCAGUCCUGGGGGGAUCUUUCCCACUCACCCAACCACCCUCCUAUUGUUCACCAUGUGUCCUCACUAUCCAGAAGUCUUCACGUACCCCUGAGGUCAGCUUGGAAUUCGGGUCCUGUUCCAGAAUCCCGAGCCCCUGGUCCUCGAAGAGUAGAUAUGCCCCCAGAUGAUGAUUGGAGGCAAAGCAGUUAUGCCCCCCAGUCUGGGCACAGGAGGAGGGGAGAAGGGUUUCUGUUUGUUCUAGCAGAUGCCCCUGGAAGAGAGCAGAUCAGGGCCAGAGCCCUGCAGCACAGCAGGUGGUAAGGGUCACCCUUUCCUGGAGCCACACCUUUCUCUGUAAAACUGUACUGUGGGCACAGUUGGUUACCUGCAUCCCUGUCAUGGUUGUGCCAGUCUCAUCUCAGCAUAGAGUUGGCAGUUUCCCCUAGGGAUGCCAGGGACUUCUAAGGAGAUCUGGCUCUUUGGGAGAAAAUAUUUGAAAUUCCAAUUUCCAUUCACUUUAAAAAUGCAUCUAUUAUAUUACUCUGGACACUAGCCAUUCCUUAAGAUCACCAUUUUAAUCCUGGAUACUUUAUGCCCCCACCUCCACCAGAACCCUCAUGCUCUAUUCACGACUAUAGUCCCAACUUCUACUCUUUGGUUGGUUUACUUAUGCCUGUUACCUGACCCUCUGUCCUCCCUAGCCCCAUCCUUGGAGGAACAUGUAGCCCUGUGGUCAUGGUCCUGACUACAUCAUUCAGGGCAGCCCACCUGCCCAGGUGUUAUGGCCUGCCAGCCUUCCCUGUGCCCCCAAACCUUAGGCCUAGAAGGUGGAUCUGCCAACAUAACAUUCACUGUUCUGAACAGAUGGAGUCCAGCACACUAACACACCCUCCUGUCCUCAGCAGCAGAGCCAUUACUGCCACUUGCUCAGUCGCCGUUGUAAACCCUCAGAGUCAGCUCAACUAUUUUAGGGCCAAACAUACUGUUUUUGUAAAGUAUUUUUCAUUAAUAAACCCAUAAGAUAGUUCUAUUUAAUCCCUUGUCAUUCUUCCCUUUUGUAUGCUCUUGCUCUGUUGUAUUGGGUUGGGGAGGCCUAGGCAAGCAAGAAAUAACGAUUCCCAGUGGCCUGGAGCUCCCAAACAGAGGGAGAGAGCUCUGGCACAAUAUAUAUACACACACAUACCUAUGACUGAGUGAAGGUUAGGAGCCAAGGAGUUGAAGGAUAUAGGGAGUCAAUGGCCCCUAAAAUGGAGUGGCUUACUUUCCUUGUUAUUACUGCUGUUUGCAUGUUUCCUCUUUCCUGCCAGAGGUACUCAUAUAUCACACAUCUUCCCCCUCCCCUUCUUAGACAGGUUUUCUGAGAAUUCAAACUCCUCUAAGAAACUCAUCUCUGGUCUAUGUACUGGUAGUGCCCUUUGUCUGCCUUCCAGGUUUGUGAAGUGCCUCCCAUCCCUCCUUACCGUUUUCUCAUGGCUGCCCCUCCCCUCUCCUUCCCCUGGAGUUAUGACACUUCCAUGCCAGAAAGAUCCCUUUCCACCCCUGCCUCACUCCCAAGAGUCCCUUCCCUCUAAAGAUAUUUUGUGGGCUCCCUUUACAAAGAAUAUCUACUGGACAUUUCCUUCCUCUUUUACUCCAGGUCUCAGGAUCACUGAGAAUGACACAAAGAAGAUGUAGAAAGGUGUUCUUUGAGAACUUCAGACCACUGCUUACCUAUUAUCACAUCCAUCAUUAACAGAUUCUGAACUAAUGUAUUAUUGAGCAGGAGGGUGGGUGGGAAUUUCUCUCCCCACCCCACUUGGAUUCUACAUUAUCAAGAUAUCCAGAGCUUACUGGAUAUGCUGGUCUCUGUCCAUGAUGCAACGCAUCUGCUGGUGCCAUAUACAUUCUUCCCUUCUGAUAAGUAUGGAUCAGUCAGUCUUCAUCUACCCUCUUCCCCGUGAAUGUCGGUCACCUUGGUCCCUAUAAAGGUUCCAUAAGUCACCUGGCCCCAGAUUCUAUAUGUGCAAAGAAAUACUUUACAAAUUUAGGUCCUGUUCCAUGGUCCUGGGCCCCUGGUCCUUGAGUAGAUAUGCCCCCAGAUGAUGAAUGUAGGCAAAGCAGUUAUGCCCUCCAAUCUGGGCACAGGAAGAUGGGGGGAAGGGCAGAUACACUUGGAAGAGAAGAAUUAAUCUUCAAUUUCCUCUGCCUUCCAAAUUUCUAUUUUUUAAAUGAAUCAAGAUGGAGGCUGUGUCCUUUUCAGGUGAAUUCUGCAGAUGCUUUCUUUGAACACAUCUUGGUGCCAUCCCUUCCCUUCUCCCAUCUGUUUUGAUCCUUAACCCUUGGAGCCCAGACUCCUCCAGCUGCUUUUUUACUCCAUUCCUUCAGGGUCCCGACAAUUCUAAACUCCAAACACAAGGGCCAGAAUCAUCAAACUCCACCUUGAUCACUUCCCUGCUCUAGACCCUACAGUGUCUCCUGUAUUCUCGUUUCAGUACCCAGAUCUGGUAGCUGAACUGUUAUACAUUUCUCUAUCAGAAGAUUCUGAGGUUUGACCACAUUUCCCUGUCUUACUGGUAGCUCUCCUUGAAAGCCGGUGUCGUGUUUCUUCGCACUCAAUUACGGAAGCAACUAGCUACAGACUCCCGCCUAUCCUUUGUUUCUGCAUGCACAGAAUUUUAACCUGAUCCCUUGGCCUCGUCCUGUUUCUCUCCUAUCCUCAGUAAUUUUGCUCAGGUCCCUAGAGCCUGCCCCGCCCCCG